AAUAAAUGGGUCAAGAAGCUUACUUGAGCCAGAUUCGUACCGUGACAACUGAAGUGAGAAGCUUUCGCGUGUGAAAGGCUGCGAAAUGUGUUGUGACCUUAAAGGUUAUGGUUGAUUUGCCUACGUGCUUGGCGUACGCUUGUGCUAUUUUGGGCUCCAGAGAGACUGUGAGGCAAAGGUUUCAGUUCUACGUGAAGCCGUUCGUGAAAUGGGAAGUGUUCCAUCGCAUGGUCUCGCUAAAAAUCCUACAACUCAAGUCUACCAAGCCUCUCGCGACGGUCGAACUAGUGAUCUCGACAAUUUUUUGAAACAGCUAGACGGGAGAAAGAGAAAGAGUGCGCUAGAAACCAAAACUAAAGAUGGCGAUGAUUUCACCACUCCGCUAGUCAUCGCCGCUCGUAACGGAAACUUAGAUGCUGUGAAGAUUCUUCUAAAGUACAACGCUGAUAUUGAAGCUCGAGCUGGAACUGUCAAACUUCAAGACAAAAUAGAUGUCGCGGGUUGUACAGCUCUGUGUGCUGCUGUUGCUUCAGGACAUCUUGAUGUUGUGAAAGUGUUACUCAAACAAAAUGCAAAGGUCGAUGAAAGAACAUUGACAAAUUCGACUCCCUUGAGGGCUGCUGCAUAUUUUGGACGAUUAGAAAUUGCAAGGUUGUUGGUCGAAAACGGAGCAGAUGUUGACGCAAGCAAGGGAGGUGACGGUACAUCAUUGUCAGUAGCUUGCUUUCAUGGUCACACAGGUGUUGUUAAAUUCCUCAUCGAACAUGGCGCCAAUAUGAAUGUUCAAGACAUUGACGGAAAUACUCCUCUUCACGAUGGCAUGAGAAAGGGCCACAUCGAAAUCGCUGAUAAACUCCUAAGUCAUGGGGCGUUGCAGCUUCAAAAUAAACAUCGCCUCACACCACUUCUCAUGGCCAGCAAUUGUUGCGAAAUCGAAAUGGUCGAGCAUUUUAUCAAACAUCCGAAGUGUACGAAGGAACAUAGAAUUGAUGCUCUUGAGCUCCUUGGUGCCACCAUUGCAAAUGAUCCUGAUGCUUAUGACAUCGAUGCGGCAUUUUGGUACAUAAAACGUGGAAUGGAGGAGAGAUUUCAAGAUAAGUCACAUCCAUUGCUCAAACGACACAGGGAACCUAAUGAAGCUUACCAAAAUAGAAAGGAGAGUCAAACUCUCGAGGAGCUUGCUCUGUUAGAAGGCGAUGAUAACGCAAUCCACAUGGAAGGACUAAUUAUAAGAGAGAGAAUUCUUGGCAGCGACAACAGUGAGGUUUGUUCUCCAUUGAACUAUCGAGGAGCUGUUUUAGCUGAUUCUGGUAACUUCGAUCAUUGUAUAUCAUUAUGGUAUCAUGCACUGAAGAUAAGAACGCGUUGCAAUAAACCGGUAGCAAUGUAUUUAGAAAACUUUGCAGGUUUAUUUGCGGACAUGAUCUCUAGAAAGCUUGUUUGGGAGAUCAAUUUAUUGCAAGAAAUUUUCGAACAACUAGUUUCAGAGUACGAAAAACUCACAGAGAAGUUGCAGAACAGAAAUUUGCAAGUAGGAUAUGAAGAAGUCAAAGCGAUCGAACAGGAAUUAGAAAGAUUGACUUACUGUGCUCUCUAUCUUUUAAUGAUAUAUCCGAAAGUCACACAUGCAGUAGAAAACCAGAAGCUAAGCCGAUUACACUUAGUUCAAAGAUUUAUUCGCCUUGUUCCCCGCACUCGAGAUGGAGAUACCCUUCUACACUUGGCAGCGUGUUACAGCACCGCAAUAAAAGAUUUCCAUGUACGAAGUGUGUGUAAACUUCCAUGUGUUAAGACCGUGACCGUUCUUUUGCUUGGAGGUGUUGAUGUGAAUGCUGUUAACCCCAAAGGAGACACUCCUCUUCAUGUGGCUGUGACCUUUAAGCCAAGUCCCAAAGAAGCAGAUACUUUGAAGGCCAUGUUGGAAUUGUUGUUAGACUCUGGCGCAGAUCCAAAACUUAAAAAUAUCUAUGGCCUAACCGCAAUGGAUUGUUGCGCAACCGACGAUUCCCGCAGAAUCCUUUCUGACAGAAGUGGAGUGGAUAUCACGACCAUUGAAUCUAGAGCUCAGACCGACUUCCUUCAUUCCAGUCCUCAGGAUCCUGUGGGUCAGUCCACAACCAUAAACCAAUCCAGUGGUAUUGUCAAACUUGCCGUUCUUGGAAAGGACUGGUGUUUUCCGUUUACGGCUUUUUCCUACCUAACAAAAGAGUUUGCUGUUCACUUAGCAAAACAUCAUGGACUAGAGGUCAUUUUCCUGGUUCCAGACAAGUCCUUGAGUGAGGAAGAUAAGAAAGAGGCUAACAGCCGUGGAAUUACCAUUGUUGAAGCAAAGGCGCACCCAGGUUUUCCUGAUCCAGUUGAUUGGCUAUGCUUUCCUCCAAACGACUUUUUUGCGGAUGUGGUGGUUGCUUUAGAUGACAAUCUCGGUAAAAUUGCAUACGUGUUAAGCGAGCAUCUUCGAUCAAGAAAGAGGAUUCAGAUGGUACACAGCUUGAACACCGAGACAGGAACAUUCUCCUUCAGAUUAUACUGCUUGUCUAACGAAUCCGGCAAACUUUCCUCCAGCAGACGAAAACAUCAAACAAACAUUGGCAUGUGUGAAAGAGCAGAUCUUGUUGUUGGCCUUGGAUCUAAGAUAGCUGACGAGCUUAAUGCUUCUCUUCGGUACCUUAACAAACAAGUUGUCAACCUAACGCCUGGAAUUUUUAGCGAAUUGUCUGAUAUGACUCAUGCUAAAGAGGAUGGAAGAAACUUCCGCAUCCUGGUUCUGAGUGGCAACGAGUCUGCAGAGUUAUUCCAUGAUCGAUUUCACAUCGCCGCCAAAGCGAUUUCAUUGCUGAGAGACAAAACUUUUUAUCUGGUUUUUACUGGGGUGAAAAAAGAUAAAAGCGACUUCUUAAAAAAGUGUUCUGAAUGCAAUGUCGCUGAGCAGCAACUGAUUAUUAAGAAUUUCCCCGUUAGCGAAAAAGAUUUAAAACGCCUGUUCUGUGAAGUAGAUCUUGCCAUCUUGUUGUCAGCUGAAGACGAAUGUCGUUUGAUUGCUCUGUGUGCCUUGUCGGCAGGCCUUCCCUUGUAUGCAUGCGGAGACUCGGCAUUUGCAGCAUCCCUAAAAGAGGUACCUUUAGGUACAGCAUCAAUAAUUGACUCUGAAGAUGCUAAAAUAUGGGCCGACUCAAUCAGGAAGGCCAGAGAAACAGACAGGGAAAUUCGACUCGAGCAGGCUACGAUGUUGCGCUCCCAAUUUGAAGAGACGUACAACUGGGACAAACAAGUUGACAGUCUAGUAAAGAAGAUUUUGGACAUGCUUCAAGGCGAUUAAAGUGGAGGAAUUGAAAACGCAAUCGUGGUAUGCCGGUUAUUUUCAACCAUGUGACGGACUGAAAUACAGCGUCGAAAGUUCAUGCACAAUUGACUCGAAGGAAAGGGUGACAAAAAAUGGAAACAAGUUGAAGUAGAAUUUAAUAGCGGUUAUGUUUUUAUUGUCGUCUUCAAUUGCUAAGAUAGAGAUACGAGGAAGAACUGUUGAUACAUCAUACAGGCUGGAGCCAUAUAGCUCCUGAUAAUGUUUUUUAUUGCGUACGCAGCACGCAGUACCUCGAAAAGUAAUGAAAUUGCAUCCUCUUUUCAAGGAGAAAUGGGAAUCGCGCAAAUUUUAGAUUACGAUUGAAACGAUUUUCGUACGCUUUUGGUAGAGUAAAAUGUCUUCAUCAAAAAGUUUCUUAGAUUUCUGGGGUGUAGGUUGAAAACGUUUACAAAUGAGCCCACUUUUCACUCGUCCUUAGAGAUAGUUAUAUGUCGCAUAUGGUUUUAAUAAAAAUUUGGUCUUUCGAAGCAGAUUUAGUCUGAACUAAUUCCUAGGUAUGCUAGAUGAAACUGUGCAAGAAGGGAUACUGAUCGUUAAUUGAUAUAAUUGCUUAGCUAGAAGCACAACAUUGAACACAUGGCAGUGCUGCGGAGUGAAUAUACCGUUACAAAAUAUUAUUUCACACUAGAAAUGAUUCAGAGAACUGAUGAUGGGAUUCAUAACGGCAGUGACCUGAAAUAUGGUAUUUCUAUCAAGACCAAAACCUGAAAUAUAUCAUCGCAACUAUGCACAACCUCACAUAGUUAGAUAUCUGAUAACUAUUUACCGAAGUGGAAGUGGCGAAGCGGCGAGGUAAAUAUCCACCGCUAGCCACCGACACUGCAGUGAAUAGUUGUUUUAGAAUUAUAUCAAAACAGUGAGACAAUAUAGCACAAAAAAAUGAUUUUAACUCAUUUCUUCCUGAAACGUUUACAAUAUUUUUGGCUGUAAAUCCCGCGCAAGUUGCUCGGAGGUGCUCCUUCAUUAGCAGUUAAUUGACAGUCAAUUUCCUCUAGUCCUCCCCUUUCAUACUCAGUUAGUGAUCAAUAAUCCUUCCUCUGUCCCCCCCUGAAAACCA